AUGCUCGACUUCAAUAAUUCGCUGGUUGUAGUGUCGUUUUUUCUCGUUCUUAUUGCUCGAGAAAGCCGUGUCAAGUUUCUGGUUAAGGUGACUCUUUGCAAACGGGUUAAAAACCCUGAGAUCAAAAAUGCGCGUUGCCCCCUCACUAAAGGUGUGGCUCGACUAUAUGUUGCAUACUCCCACAUCCAGCUAAAAACUGAUACAGAAAAAAACUUACAAGGGUUUCAUUUUUCAGCCAAUGGGGUUGUAGAAUCUAAUGCAGUGUGACAUAAGGGAGUUAAUUACAACUAUUAAUUUAGUUAUUCUGUGAAAUUUACAGGUAUGGUUUUGUCACCUUCCGAACUGCUGAAGAAGCUAGAAAAGUUUAGGAAAUGGUAUAUAUCCCCAAAAUAAUAUCAACAUAACUUAAGCAUUUUUUUCUCUCUCAGUAAGGUUUGAAAUUUAAGCCUUAUUUUAAGAGUUAAUCAGGAUAUAUUUUUUAGAGGUUGGUGGUGUGGAGUGGUAGAGCCUUGCAAGUUAGUGGAGCAGUGAAAUGAAAGGUAUGACUUUCUCGGACCAUAGUUCCAAAAAAUAUUCUUCUUUAAUCACUCUUGGCUAACAUGAUUUCAUUGGUUUUGGUCACUUUCAGACAAUGGCACCGUCGCGCAGUCAAUACAUCCCUCUAGAUCAGCAUAAUUUUCCAUUGGGUUACAUUAUGACACAGGAGAGGCCAGUACCUGCUGCGGUAUCAUGGCAGGAAGGAAAUGUAAGUCGUAGAAUACUUGUUUAAUCCAAGCUGUCUUACUUCAACUUUUCUAUCAGUAACUGCUUUCCUAUUUCCUCAAGUUUUUCACUUUAGAAAUUCUCAUCAAGACCUGUUCAAUUCUGCUUUUGCUUCCAUCAGCGGCGUUUAAUCGAGGUCGGCGUUUAAGCAUGCCAUAUUUUUGCUAAGGGUGCUUUGCAAGCAAAAUAUACUUUGGGCAUGGUAUUACAAAUUCUUUAAUCUUAUAUUAUGUUCUCUGUAUAGAUGACAGAACUGCAGUUAGAAAUUCUGUUUGGGGGAAUGGGCUAUGAGGGGCAAAAUGUGAGGCAAAAUGUGAGGAUCGUUUGA